UGUGGAUUGACCGUUAGAAGGCCGGGACCAAGGCUAAUUAGUGCGCGUUGGACGAUCAACGGCGCCAAUAUCGGCCGCUGUUAUUACUACGCAUGCACGCAUUAACUGCCACUCUUACAGCCACAGUCAUGCUGGGCGUGUUUGCACGUCGACUCGUAGUACGCGUCAAUGCGAAAGACUCCUUGACCAUUGACUUUAAUCUGUCACUGUAUACUGUAUAUCUCUAUGCUCCGGUGCGGAGACGGCAAACUGCGCUCAAAAUGAUAAAAUCAGUAUCAGUGCGUGCCGAUCAAGCAUUGACCACCCCUGAUAGCUUGGAAAGUGAAACCGUCUGAAUGGCUCCUGGAAUCAAGCCGACGAAUGAAAGGGGAAAGCAAAAGAUUACCCAAAGGUUGUCAUUAUAAAACCAUG